UUUAGGAAACGCGUAUACCUCAAGGCCUCAAGGCUCAAGCCAUGUAAAGUCAAAAAGUAACUGCCGCAACUUCUGGGAAAUCCGAAGUUUGAUUAUUUGUAUAUUUAAAGACGGACCAUCUGUAGUUCAUGUCGAUGAUGGCGGGUAUUCAAGGCCAGGUUCUCGAGGUCACUGUUGUUGGAUGCCAGAAACUGAAAGAUACGGAAUGGUUUUCGAGGCAAGAUCCAUACGUUGUACUCGAGUAUAGCAGCACAAGGCACCGUACCAGAACCUGCACAGAUGGUGGAAAGAACGCAGUGUUCCAAGAGAAAUUUAUGUUCACUAUGCUUGAAGGUCUUAGGGAUCUUAAGGUAGCUGUUUGGAAUAGCAAUACACUCUCCACUGAUGACUUGAUUGGGAAUGCUACGAUUAAAUUGCAGAAGGCUCUUUCUGAAGGAUACGACGACUGUACCUGGACUCUGCAGAGUAAAAAUGGGAGAUAUGCGGGAGAAGUAAGACUCAUACUGCAUUAUGCAGCCGCAAAGAAACAAAAUUAUGGUUCUGCACAAUUAGCACCACCAUAUGCCCCUCAAGUACCCCACUACUCAGCACCAUACUCUGGACCAUCUCUGUACCCACAAGUACAAUACUCUCAGCCACAAUCAGCUUACCCACCAGCUUCAGCUUAUCCUCAUCAGCCAUCUGCUUAUCCUCCUCCCUCAGCCUCCGCUUACCCUCCCGCUCCUUCGGCUUAUCCUCCUGGUCCUUCAGCUUACCCUCCUCCUCCUCCAUCCUCAACUUACCCUCCUCAACAAUCACCAUAUUAUCCACAAGGUCCCUAUCCAGGACAAUACCCACCUCCUCCGUACUGAAGCCCCGGCGUUUAGAUGAUCCUAGUGAUGCUAUUUGUACUUUCUAGAGUUUGAUUUUUUUUAAUUCUUUCUUUCUUUGUAUCUUCUCCGUGAUGUUGUUGUUGACCUAAUAUUAGUAAUUUUUGUUAAUAUCAAAGAUCAUAAUGCAAAAAAAAUAAACUUUUAAGUGAA